GACUUAGCUCCUCCGCGUCCCCGGAGCGGCUGGGCCAUGGCAGUCCUGGCCCUGCGAGAGGAGUUGGACUCGGUGUACCUGCAGCUGCUCAGCGACCUGGAGGAACUGGAGGCGAAGCGGGCGGCAUUGAACGCCCAGGUGGAAGAGGGAUGGUUCUUGCUUGCCAAGGCUCGCUAUGCCAUGGGCGCCAAGUCGGUGGGGACCCUGCAGUAUGCCUCAUGUAUGGAGCCUCAGAUCUGCGUGCGCACCAGCGAGGCCCAGGAUGGACCCCAGACCUUCAGGGUGAUCAAAGCUGAUGCCCAGACCCCCGAGGAAGUGGGACCCAGCGAGGCAUCUCUGCGCAGGCGCAAGGGCCCUACCAAGACCCAAGUGUCAGGGACCUCCGUGGUCCCUCAAGAUCCCUUGAACUGGUUUGGAAUCUUGGUUCCUCACAGUCUUCGGCAGGCCCAGGCCAGCUUCCGGGAUGGCCUUCAGCUGGCUGCAGAUAUAGCCAACCUCCAGACUCGAAUCAACUGGGGUCGGGGUCAGGUCCGGGGCCUCCAGAAAAAACUGAAGGAGUUGGACCCUGGACCUGCCUGAUCUGAAUCUACUGUCAAAGGCAUUAAGCAUAGCCAUCU